AUGUGCAUCUCGAACGCGGCCGCCUAUCGCUUUGUGCUCUUCGUCAAGAGGAUCUAUCAGAAAUAUAGUCUUUCCCAUGUCCUUCUCCUCUCCACUUAUCUUCUUUUCAUUUUCACUUGUGGACUCGCCUUUUUCGCGUUAGAGGCCCGGAAUUUUCAUGCGACUCGUCAAUCGAUUCAACGCCGGCAAACGAUGAAUCGAGAUCGUUUCAUCACGCGUUCCCUCUUGCCCGACAUCUUCAACAACUCCCGUCUUCUGGUGUACAUUCAUGAGUCAAAAACGAAUUAUUUGAAAAAGAUUGUAACUCGAAAGUUAGAAGAUUACGAGAAGAUUUUCCGAUUACGAUACAACUAUCGACCACCACAAAAUCUUUCACUCACCACCUCGAUUCUAUACAUCUUUUCCUGUGUGACAACGAUCGGCUAUCAUCACAUUUACCCGAUGACAAAGGGGGGUCGAAUCCUGUCGACUUUCGUCUCGAUUGUUGGUUUCCCGUUCUCUCUGGUGGUCAUCCACGAUUUGUCCUAUCUUUUGAUUCGUUUAUUAGACCUACCCAGCUUAUUAUUUGAGAAAUGUUGGGCAAUUUUCCGCUUUUGUACCCUUCGAAUCUCUCCGGAAAGCGAGUUGGUCAGGAGCUGGGAUUCGAAAGGAAAUCAAAGGUCCGAUUUCCGUUUGGAGAACUCGUCCCGGCUUCUCGGAAUCCCCGCAACACUGGCAGUGUUGGCUCUCUUUGGCUGGCUAUCACUUGGCUGUGUACUUGGAUGGAGUCUUUUCCCGAAAGAAUCCCUCACCACCGUUUUUCAUUAUGUCAUCACAACGCUCACCACCAUUGGUUUCGCUGAUCAUGAGCUGCCAGACAAUCGUCCUCUCUUUUUACUUUCCUGGUGUGCUUUCACAUUGAUCGGCUUGGCGCUAAUGUCGAUGUUCAUCAAUUUGAUUCACUCAAAGUUCAGCUCAGCCUAUUGGCUACCGGGCAGGAUGUAUGUGCCGAUAAAACAAGUAAAUCGUUGCAAUCGUUGCCAGAACUUGGCCUCAAUCGAGUCAUUCAAUGAUCUAUGUGAUGCCGAAUCGCCGCUCAAUCACUUGACCACUCUCGGGAUAUUGCAAACUGAUGAUAAAUGCCCAUUAAUCGAUUUUCAACGUUUCGAAACCGCUUACGUGGAUGCGGUUGUGCAAACGGACAAAGAUGACAAGAAUGGGAAUUUCGAAGAGUUUAUUGAGAGAAGAGAUGAGAAAGUGAAAGAGAAAGAGACACUCGUUUAUUUGGCUGGAGGGAGAUCGAGAGUGUCGAGGCCAAACCAAAAAGAAGAUACAAUUGAUUUGAAACAAGCAAUGACGUCAUUCAAGCUGAUCUUUUUGCUCAUUCUAUUCUUCGCAGCCACUUCCACCCAACAAGUGAUCUCUUGUGUGCAAAAUAGUUGCUCAAAUGGUGGCUCGUGUUCCCUCUCAAGCACUCAAGCUUCGAUAAAACAAUGUGAUGAUGGGGAAAAUUUUUACAAAAAUCAAUGCCUCCGUUUCUCAGCCAAUUCAAUGAGUUGGGAGCAAGGAGAGGAGUUUUGUCGACAACAAUAUCGUGCGAAACUUUUCAUCACCGAGACGGCAGACGAUUUGCGAUUUUUAUCGAAUUUUUUUUCAACACAAUCGGCUUCGAUAAACAACUCGAUUGCUGGGAUUUGGCUCGGGAUUCGUGCAGUACAAAAAGAUGGAAGUCCACAGUGGGCCGAAUACCCGUCGAUGUACUCGGUGAUGCAGACUUUUUGGCGACAAGGAGAACCGAAUAUUUAUCCAAAUUAUAAUCAGGUUUGUGUCGCUUUGUCGACGAAUUCUCCCGAAUGGAUCUCCUCACUGUGCUCAAAUCGAAAUCUGAUCGUUUGCGCGAGAGAUGUUGAACCUGAAGCUGGCACCUACUUGAGCCAAUGCCAGUGCGCGAAUGGAUUUGGCGGGCAAACCUGCGAGAUUCAACUCGAUUCAGGCAAUGACUCAUCACUUUUCCCAGCGACGAGCACUUUUUGCGCGUCGAAUACCCGCCAGCCGGUCGAGUUGAGUUGCCCAAAUGGAGCGCAAAUCGUUGUCGACUAUGCAAGUUAUGGGAUUACGACCGGCACCACGUGCGACGGAAGAACGAAAAAACACGAUUGCGAGAAUGUGCACUCACUUCAAACGCUCAUCAACAAAUGCGAGGGGCAAUCAGCGUGCAGUAUUGCAAAUUUGGCGGCUCUUUUCCCGGACACGCCGUGCGGUGUUGACAACGGUGGUCAGCUCGAGUUGCAGGCGAGAUGGAGGUGUACCGCUGAAACGCAAACCACUUGCGCUAAACGAUCGAUUUAUUUCGAGGGUCGUUGCUAUGAAGUGAAUUUCCAAUCGAAAAAGGAUAAACAAUUCGAUUUCAAGGGUGCACAAGAUUACUGUAAUCAAGCAGGUGGAACAUUACUCGACGCGGAUUCACCCGUCGACGAGUUGAACAAGCUGGUGGCGGGGAAAACGAAAAAUAAAGAUAGCAUUUUCUGGGUUGGUUUAAUGGUGGAUCGGAUGGGACAAGGGAUUUGGCUUGACGGGACGCCGGCUUCACAGGAAUUUUCCCCAUCAACGUGUGGAGUCUAUGAAUACUUUCCGUCGAAGGGACUCCAACUUUCCACCCUUCCAUGUAACUCGUUUGCUUCCGUGAUUUGCAUUCAUGCACCGACAUCAUCAAGUAUUCGACGACCCACCCAAGUGCACAACUCAACUGAUCCCCUACGGCCAACUGUUGCUCCGCCAGUCAGGCUCACUCCAUCAGCUGUGUUUCCCGAUGUUUGGUGUGCGGCGACGAAAUGGAGAACGAUCGAGUUCGAGAGAACGAGAGCCUGUCAAACGGCCACUGUCGAUUGUCCCGACCCGGAGAAUGUCGUCGGUACAGUAACGUGGCGUUGCGAUUGUCAAUCGGGCAAAUGGAUAGGCCAGCCGAACUCCACCGAUUGCACACAUAAAUGGGUGAAAACCCUGGAGGCGGCGGUGGCUCGUCGUGAACCUGCAGAAGUGCUUUCAAAUCAAUUGAAUCAGGAAUUAGGAAAAACGAUAAACGAUCAGCUUUACGGCGGCGACAUCAGCGGAUCUGUUGGGGCCAGCACAAAUCUGGUCACCCUGGCGCGCAGUCAAUUCGCGGCGCUCACCGACGACAUGGAAAAAACGACGAAGAGCACGAAUUUUACAACGAACAUUGGCGGUGCUGGUGAUCACCUCUUUUCCAAUCCAGCUCAACUCGUCUGGGCUAUGCUUGAUCCGCAACAAAAGGUCUCUUUGGCGGCUCGUUUGAUGGCUGUGCUUCAAGACUCCUCACUCCUUUGGGCCGAUUACAGUAAUGAGGCGGACAACAAGCUACAGUAUACGCAAUGGGCUGUGAACGUGCGAGUGAGUCGCCCACAAACGCUGGCUCCAUCAAUGAAAACGAUGUCAAUCAAUGGAAACGCAGACGGGGCGACUAUUCAACAAUCCUCGUCAACCCUUGAUGAUUCCGGAGCGUUCACAAUGAUGAAUAGACCCUUGCCACCCGGUUUAGUCUCUGGCGGAUAUUCAAAAACAAAGGAAAACGUCUCGUUCACCGGUUUCUCCGCGUCCCCACUCAUCUCGCUGCCCAGUUUGAGCACGAUUCAGGAUUCUGUGUCAAAAACAAACAAACAGCGAGUGAUGUUCGCGCCGAUGAGCUUCAGUCCGGUGAUGGGCACAAGUGCAACAGCGCUUGAUGACACCGCCUCGGUGGACAGCAAUUCGCUCAAGCUAGCCUACUUCAUCUUCACGGCACUCGGCGAUCUCCUUCUAACAAAUCCCUCCGAGAUCAUCAACUCGCAAGUGAUCGGCGCGGCCGUGAACGAUGCUGAAAAAUCUGUGGCCCUAAACGAGAAUGUCACCUUCAACUUUCCGCAUCUCAAAACAGAAGGCGUGACGAAUGCGCGCUGCGUUUUCUGGGAUAUUCAUCAAGGG